CGGGCUAGUUCGAUGGAAUCUAUCGAGGUCGGAGUUGCCAACGACAUCACAAGAGCGUAUGAGAUGCACUACUGCAUUCAUACCUAGAAACCGUCUCUCUCUUCUCUUCCCGUUUUUCAUUGUUCAUCCACUCAACCCAGCACGAACAUAUCAACAUUUUGUCGUUUUGGUUAAGCAUAUCCACUACAAUCAGGAGUCAGAUCACAGUUCAUAGACGUUCAGCAUAAUGUCAGCACUAACUACGCUUUUCACACCCUCUCCCUGGUGCUCUGAUCGCUUCGCCGUCUUCGUAGAUGAUGAUGCACCUGGCACGAGCACCAUGCCACCCAGCAGUGGAUGGAUAGACCCAUCCUUUACCAAGUGCAUUCCAGCGCAAUACUCGACCGCUUACCCAACCUUCAGUCCGGGUUUCUGCCCAGCGAAUAUGGAAGUCGUCAGAUAUGCCUUCAACGAGCAAGAUCACAAGACAAUCUGGACUGCAGCAUGCUGCCAAAGUGGAUUUUCACCCCUGUCUGACGAUUCUGACUAUCUGUGCACUUCGAGCGUCACGACCCCCAUGGCAUUCCUUCUCGACCCAAAUAUUACCACUGCCGAUGUUUACACGACCUUGGCGCCCGAGUGGAUUAUGCACGAUCAGGUAACAGUCCAAUGGGAACAGAGUGACUUAGAACACUUUCCAAGUGGCGUGGCCUCCCAAUACAAGUAUAUGAUGGACCUCGGGGAACAGAUUGCAGCCGUUACAAGCUCUGGAGUAACCUUUCGACCAGCUUUACAGACAGUGACGCUCCCACCAACAACUACAGUUACGACUUCGGUUCUCUGGCCAACUCCGGGCUGGGACGCAAACUUGACCACUGGAGUACCCACAAACACGAAGACGAACGAUAACGGUGGCUUGACUAAAACAAGUAAACUCAUUGUUGCUGCGGCCAUGUGCUUCGCUAUGGCAAUCUCCAUCACAGCGUAACGGCCCGGAGCAAUGACCAGAAUGCAGCUUUAGUAGAACAGGGAUUUUGCAGUAGGCAGGCAUGACAGCAAAUAUUUCUUACUUGGCUCGGUGA